CUUAGUUUCGGUUUCUUAUGAAUAGCAUUGGAUGCGCUUGAAUUCGAGCUGUUAACGAUGCGGGAUUACUAUAGUUAGCCGAUUUCUGCAAAGUUGUCCUGUUGAAAGUCGCUCAUUUUGAAAAACGCAAAUCUCACAAAAUUACAUCUUGUAUUACGCAGAAAUACGAUGAUGCGUUUUAUCUUUCAUCAGUUUCAAAGCUUUGGAGCCGGACGUAAUCAUUCAGAAUAUCUGUUUUAUCAGAAAGCAUUGAAAUAUUUAACAUGAUGGUUCGUUGAAAAUAUUAAAUAUCACUUUGAAAGUUCUUGUUUGCUACAGUAACCUUUUGAUUAUUCUUGUGUGUAACCAUAAUAAUGGCCUCUGAGGGUUUGAUUAAAAAAGCCCGAAACAGAACCUAUCCUGGUUUUGAAAAAGAAAAUAGCAAUAUUUGGCAGGGACCAUUUUAUUUCAUUCAAGGUGCAGACACGCAGUUUGGAAUGAUAUCUACUUUUGAUAAAAAUGCUUCUAAAAUAACUUGGGAUGCAGAAAUAGCACUCACUAAAAAAGCUAUUCAUUUGAUUAAUACCAUGACUCCAAAGCCAAGGUUUUUUAUUGUGUGUGGAGACCUUGUUGAUGCAUUUCCAGGAAUGAAAGAUCGUGAAGCCCAGGAGAAGGAUUUUAUACAAGUGUUUAAAGAAUUGAGAGAAGAUAUUCCUUUAGUGUGUGUUUGUGGAAACCAUGAUAUUGGUGACACACCUACACCUGCAUCUAUUCAGAAUUACCAAGAUAAAUUCGGGGAUGAUUACUUUUCAUUUUACUGUGAUGGUGUUAUGUUCAUUGUUUUGAAUUCUCAAUAUUUUCAAGAUUCUACUUUGGUGAAAGAUUUGGCUGAAGAACAAGAAAAAUGGUUGGAAGAAAAACUGAGUGAAGCAAAAUCUGAGAAAUUCAAGCAUGUUAUUAUUUUCCAGCACAUUCCAUGGUUUUUAAAGAACCAUGAUGAAGAAAAAGAAUAUUUUAAUAUAUUUCCAGAACUAAGAUUAAAAAUGUUAAAAAAGUUCUAUGAUGCAAAUAUCAGGGCAAUAUUCUGUGGACAUUAUCAUCGCAAUGCAGGUGGCUUUUAUAAAGACCUUGAAGUUAUUGUAACUUCUGCUGUUGGUUGUCAAAUGGGAGAUGAUAAAUCCGGAUUCCGGAUUGUGAAGUUGGGAGAAGAAAAAAUAGAACAUGAAUAUUUAGCAUUUGAAGAUGCUCCUCAUAAUAUAAUUUUAAAAUGAAAUAAAAUUGUUUUCAAUUAGUUUUUGUUCAUUAAAAUAAAAUGACUAUUAAAUCC